AUUUUCUUAUUGGAGGUUAUAAUCCACAUGAUUGGAUUGGUAAAAAUGUAUGGAAACGAACAACGGAUAGCUUUUUAUUUGCAAUGGAUCACAAAGACCUUAAAAAAGCAGCAGUGUCACGCGUUAAUCGUAAUGAUAGUGGAAAUGCUAUUUUUUGCGAUGAUAGUCAUGGUCCAAGUUUCGGAGAAGGUCCUGAUUUAUACGUUCCAAACAACAGCACUACUUGGAAAUUUAAAGUAAAAACUUACCCUAAACUUUUGAACUCAAAGUCAUAUACAAUUUUAGAUUAUGAAGUCUUUCAA